AUGGAUACGGCUCUGAAGUCAUGGGAGUUCGACAAUAACAUCAGGCUGGUGGACCCCAGCCGCGAUGCCCUCUACAACUACGACGCCCAAGGGCAGAAAUCCAUCAACCAAGAGAGACCAUGGGCCCGAGACCCCAACCACUUCAAACGCGUCCAAAUAAGUGCCGUCGCCCUCAUCAAGAUGACGAUGCACGCACGGUCCGGCGGUAGCCUCGAGGUCAUGGGCCUCAUGCAAGGCUACGUCAACGACGACACGUUUGUCGUCACCGACGCCUUCCGACUGCCCGUCGAGGGAACCGAGACCCGAGUCAACGUGCAAGACGAGGCAAACGAGUACCUGGUAGAAUACCUCGACUUGUGCCGCGCCCAGGGCAGACAGGAGAACGUGGUGGGAUGGUACCACUCGCACCCCGGGUACGGGUGCUGGCUCAGCGGCAUCGACGUCGAGACCGAGGCAAUGCAGCAGCAGUUUCAAGACCCCUUCCUCGCCGUCGUCAUCGACCCCGACCGCACCAUCAACGCCGGCAAGGUCGACAUCGGCGCCUUCAGAACGUACCCGAGUUCGCACAAGGCCGACGCCGCGGGGGGCGUCACGGCCGACGGCUUCCAGGCCGUCCCCCUGGCCAAGGCGGCCGAGUUUGGCGCCCACGCCAGCCGCUACUACAGCCUCGAGGUGUCGCAUUUCAAAAGCGCCCUCGACACGCACCUGCUCGAGCUCCUCUGGCACAAGUACUGGGUGCAGACGCUGAGCCAAAGCCCGCUCCUGACGAACCGCGACUACGGGAGCAAGCAGAUGCUCGACCUGAGCUCCAAGAUCAGAGAGGCGACGACAAGCCUGGCGCGGAGUCGAGGUCAGGGAAUAGGCGGCGGCAGCGGCUCCGGCGUCGGUGGCUCUGGCGUCAAGGACACGACCCUGGAGACGCUGGCGCAGGACACAAACUUGAUUGCGACAAAGGAGAGGUCGGGCUUGAUGGCGGCCGAGAUCAAGGCCAGGGUGUUUAGUGAAUUAUUUGCCAAGAAAGAAAAUUCUGCCGUCCGUUGA